CUCGUUCGAUAAUUUGAUGCAACUGACAUCACUUCCGGUAAAAUUAAAAAUCGAGAUCUUCCGAAAUAUUCCAUAAAUAAUUACUUUACUAAUGAUUUAUAAUGGGAUUUUUCAAUCCAAAGACAGCAAGAGAAAGUAGAAGGUUUCAGAUUGUCACGAUAUCCUGCUUCUUAGGUGCUUUUUGGAGUAGAUGGUUUUAUGACAUGUAUUGUUCGAGUCGCAGAUACGGAAUUCUCUCAGUUUUUGGACCAUUCGAUCAACCACUAAGCCUAAAGGUCGACCAAGAAGAAAAAGAAUCUGAACCAGCCCAGAAGGAGGAAUAAUAAAUAUGAGUAGUGUAAUUAUCAAUGUGAAACUUAUGACUUAUAUAAAUUGAACAAAUGAAACGUCAAUGAAAUAGCAAGCUGUAGUGAGCAUGUGUCAUUUAAACAUUUGGUCCUGUUAACCGCAAAUUCACGAAAGCUUCAAAGUGCAUAAUAGUGCGGUGCAUACACAUGUAAAUUUAUCUCAAUAGUAAAUAGUGUAAGUUAAGGUUAUCAUGGAAAGUGAACAACCUGAAUCUGACAGUAGCAGUGGCGCUAAAGGUCAGCCAAUCAGACGUAGCCUACGAAGCAGGAAAAAAAGUUCAAGUCAUGACAUUUGUGGACCACGAAAUGAACUGGAAAAUAUGAGAAACUCUGAAGUUAAAACUUCUAGAACCAAAUGUAAGGCUGAUAUAGUUGUGAGUCACAAAAUGAAUUUAAGAAAGCGUAAAUUAUCUCUUGGAGAUGUGAAAACUGAACCUAGAGAAAUCGCUGGACCUAGCACAAGGAAACGUGCAAACAGUGUUGGUUUUGUAGCCCUAAAUAAGACCGACUAUCAGGUACAGAAUAGGGUCAAACCAACGAGAAAGAUUUCUGGUGCAGCUGCAACUAUCUUGUCUGAGGAAUCUAAAAAGGUAGCCAAAAUCAAACCAGCUCAAAAUAAGCAACUGGACAAAAGACAUGUGCAUCUUAAUGACAAAGAAGACUUUCUGAAAAUGUUAUCUCUUGAAAUGCUCUGCCGUAUAUUGAACUAUUUAUCCAUAUAUGAUGUAAUGAAACUAGAUUGUCUAUCAAGUCAACUGCAUCAGGCAGUUAACCUCCAUCUUAGGGUUAGAAAAUGGAUCGACUUCACUCCAGGUGACCUUUAUGGAACAGGCCCAAGGGGGUUUAAUGACGCAACUUUUUUGAGUUUCAUGCAACGUUGUAAAGACUUGGAAUACAUUUAUGGAUUUCAUGUACCGGUGCUUGUCAAACGAAAACAAUAUCCCAAGAAAUGCCUCAGUAUCCCAGGAGCCAUCAAAGGUUUGUGUUGUCUUGAGAAUCUAAAGGGGAUUGAAAUUUCUGAUAUCUUCCUUUUAAGUGCAAUUCUGAAUUUACUGCCUCAUGUCCAGGUAUUGAAAGCAUUUAGAAACCGCAAUGGAGGUUUCCCGAUCCCAGAAACCAACAAACUAGAAUUAAAACCUGCUGCUCGAGUCACCACAUUAGACCUCACAGGUGUUGUCAUAUCAACAGUUCCCAGACUAGAACACACAAAACACCUUCUAUUAAACUGGGUGAAACUUACUGACCCGAAUCCUUUCAAAGAUGUUGUGUUCCCAAACUUAGAGACGUUUGUAAUGAAAAAUUGUGCUGGACCAAACAAUGCCUUGAAAUAUCUGACAUUAAUGACAGCACUAGCUGCAGCUAGGAACCUGCACAGAUUAGAACUUGGCCGUGUUCCUUUCCUAGGUGGUCUUAUUCAACAUCUUGUAGAAGAUAGUAGGCGAUCACGGGGCUAUAGAUCACUCCGUAAGAUCGUGCUUGCAUCUUGUAAGCAUGCACUGGAGGUUGACCUUGGAUAUAUGAUGCUAACAUGUGCAGCAGUGCUAGAGGAAGUCCAUAUCCAACCAUCUAUCAGUCGUGACAGUAUGUUCUCCGCACUUAUCCUUGCAGAAGCCAUCUUCCCACAAUUCACCACUCUCACCAUUGGAUACGUGGAUGAUUUUCCACAACAUGGUAAAUGGACCAAUGAAGAGUUGGUUAAGCUUGGAUUGGCUGAUGUAGCAGAAAGUCCUGCCAUGGUGACAGACAUUGGUGUACGAGCAGCAGGGCAGGCCUUACCUAGUAUGAAGCACCUUAAGAUCUACAAUUGCCCACAUCUUCACACACCAACCAGCUGGUUCAACCAAGGUAAUUCAGGUUUGACAAACUUGACUGAGUUACAUCUGCACAGAUGCCAUGCCAUUCAGCUGCCAGACUUCUGCCGGAUGAUCACACUGCUGCCAUCUAUAGCGAAUGUUAUUCUGGAACAAAUGUUCAGGGAGCCACCUAAAGGCUGUGCCAGAGUUGGACUUAGUGCAGGAACUGGACUGGGGGUGUCUGCAGCCCUUGUUGCCAACAACACAACUGCACCUACUGUCCCUGACAACAACAACAAUGAUGAUGAUGAUGGUGACAAUGGUGGCCAUAGUGAUGAUGAGCAUGUAGGAGAAGAGGGAUAUCUGGAUUAUGAUGAGGUGCCUGAUGAAAUGAUCGCUGAAGAACAACUAGUUGAUGAUCUUAUUGCUGAUGAACUUAUAGCGGAUAACAUGUAUGAAGAUGAGCGGAUCAUUGUGAGAGAAGAGAGUGCACAACGUGGGGAUGUUGACAAUAAAAGCUUGGACGAGAAUCUAGAACUUUCUAGUCAUCAUGUAAGAUCUAGUGAAAACCCGAAUCAGGUUGCAGAAGAUAAGGAACAAAACCACAAAAACCAAAAUAAUGAAUUAGUUCAAAUUGAAGAAAAUAAUCAAGCAAAAGAUCAACCUGAGAAAGGCAUGGAACCAAUUCAGCUCACUUAUAAUAAUGACCUUUCGAAAGAACCCAUUGUAAAAGAUAAAAACCCUAAAAAAGUACAACACAAUGUGUCAGAUGAAGUCAUUAUAGAUAUGCCUGAUGGUAGUAAACAUAAGGUAGAGGAAGUCAUGGAGCAUGAACCAACUCAGGCUGAAACUAUUGACUCAAAACAAGAUGACCUUCAGAAGUCCCAAAUCAUCAAUCCAAAUGAAUAUGCAUCAAGAAAAAACUCAAAUCUAGAAAAUAAAACUUUAAAUCAAAUUGAUGGAGACUUUGAAAAUGAACAUAUUGUCAAACCAGAAACUUCAAGUAUUAAACCUAAUGAUGAUACAUGUAUUACCUUAGAAACUGAACUUCCUGUAGUUGAAGGACAUAUGAAGAUGGAACAUACGGAUGAUAACACAAAGAAUGAAGAGUAUAUUACAUUGCAACUUGCUUCAGAUGAUGACUGUAUAACAGUGGAAACUUCUGUAGAUAUUGAUGAUGAGAAUGAACAUAUAGGUACUGAUACUAUUAAUGCAAUACCUGAUAAGACAGAGGAUGUGUAUAUCAGUCCUGGACCAACUGAGAAAAUUAUCCAAAUUGAUAAUCUCAAAAGACCUGAGCCACAAAUGAUUGAGCCUAAUGAGCCUUAUAUCACCAUAGAGUCAGUAGAAAUAGAAACGUCACCCACAAUAGAUAUGGAAUCCACAAAUGAAAUUGUACCAACUACAAAUGAGAGUUUAUCUACUCAUGAAAAAGCAUCCCCAAAUUCUAACAAUGAAAAAUAUAGAGAGCCGCCAAAUGAUCUCAUUGAUCAAGAAUAUGGGAAAGUCGAUGAGAAUUCUGAUGAUGAACUUGUUAGUGCAUUUAACAUUGAUGACAUGACAGGUGAUGAGCCAAUCAUCGUCAUAAAAGCAGACUUUGAUUGUAAACCUAUGCCAUCUGCUAGUGUUAGUGAUGUUGACAAUACCAUUAAACAGAAAAAGGAAGCCCCGUCUGGCUCUAUUGAACAUAAAACUAUGGUAACUGAUAGCACAGGGAAACAAGUUGAAAUCAAGGAACAGAUACCCGUUGGAGGCAAGGUUCCUAAAGGUGAAACAUUAGUUAGGGGAUCAAGUGGGAAAACAAAUGGUAAAAGCGUAUAUGGAAAAAAGAAGGGCCUUGUUAAAAAGCGUAGUAAAAUAAGCGAAACAUCUUGUAACAUGUCAUCGAAUCAGGUUUCACAAUCUUGCCAAGCCGUCAGUGAGGAAAUCCGAGAGGAAACCAAAGUGGUAAAAGAUGAUCAAAAAAGUGCCAAAACAGUAAGGAAAGAAUCUAAGGGUUGUAACACAGAUCCCCCAUUCUGUCCACGGUGCAAAAACUGUAAUCCUGAUCUAAAAACAACACAACCAGAAGAGGAUACAGAAAAACCAAAGGCAUCUGAUGACAAACCUGACAAUGGGUGUAACGACUGUAAAGACCCAAUUGAGGAACGCAUUGGCUCAACAUCUGACAAAAGUAACCAAUCAAAAGAAGAUUCAGGCCUUAGUAAGUCCAAACCAUCCAAGAAAAACUCCAAUAACCACCAGUCUCUUGGUGGGAUGCUAGCCAGAGGUAUGGGUGAAGAUAUUGAUGACACCCUAGAUGGUAGUGUCCAUGACGUACCACAAGGUGGAGCUUCUCAUACAACAUGUGAUCAGUCGACAAGUACAAGUGAUCCAGUGAUUGAAGAAGAUCAUGAGCAGGUGAUGACAUUAGAGUCCAAGACACUACAGAAUCUAACACUCAGAGAUGUUGGCAUAACAGACCUCAUAAUGAAUGACUGCAAAGAACUCAGGUCUCUCUCAGGGAAUGGUUGUCGUGUACUAAAGUUUGUGUCCAUACACAACAGUAACACAAGCUUAGAACGUGUCUCAUUUGCUCAGUGUCGUAAACUUGACCAUCGCCAUCUAUUGUGGGAAGUCAGCAGAUCACCCAGCUACAAGGAUAGACUUGUCUUUUUACGCCCAAUGAGAGAUUAUGAUCCAGUAGAGAUUGAGCGUACCUUGUUCAGUUCAUGGAUAGUUGACUACAAUCUCUGCCUCAUACAUGACCACUCACCUAGUCCAAGUGGGACCUUCCCUCUAAGACACAAGCUGGAGAACUGGCUGGAGAUAGCAGCAGAUAUCAACCAACACAUCUUGCACCAUAUGGACUUCCCUGAGCGUAAACUGGACUUCAAUCAUCCUAGAUACCCUUGGGGAAGGAACAUGUAUACCAUGAGAGGAAAUGCAGAGAAUGGAUCACCAUAUGAAGUCUUGACGGACAUCCCCUGGAUUAGAGCACUGCAAGAAAUGGGGGUGGAUAACUCACUGGUGGAUUUUAUGGGCAGAAUAGGCUCUCCAUAUGAUUAUGGAGCAUUAUUUGAGUGCUGGGAUAAAGAUGAACUUCACGAGUUGAUAUGUGAUCUUAGCAAGGAACAAACUGGGGUGCAUGCCUGUAGUGUUGGAGUCUACAUCAAUUUAUGUGAUCUUGAUAAAGAGCCAGCUCAUGAUAUGUACCUCUAAAACAAUGAAUUGUGUUA